UUUACAUGUUAUGAUCGUGCACGCAAUUCCGCAGGAUCCCCCCUCAGCGGCCGCCGUUGGAGACGCCUCAAAUGUCUCUCAAAGGAGCCUGCAUUACUACUUCGAGGACGGAGAUUUGGCCAUAAAGAUACGUCUCACUAGGUUGAAAACACGCUAUAUCGGAUUCACUCCUUUCACCUGCAAAGGUCAACCACGCGCCUUGACUGGCUCCUUGCAGCUUGGAGAAGCACUCCUACUAGAUCAGCAGAGCACGGAGAACCAGAUGUAAAGCCAAUGCUUCUUCCCGACGUCAAAUGCAAAGACUUCGAUGGCUUGCUCUGGUUCUUCUAUGAGUCUGGAUACAGCUGGAGCGAUGAGGCGGACACAUCCAUGAACGAAAUAUGGAACAGCGUUCUGCUGCUCGCCGAGGAGUUUGAGAUGGAGCAAGUCGCCAGGGUCGCCUGCCACGCUCUCGCUCGCGCCCGCGCCCUCAAUGACAUCCUGAAAAUAUCCCUCUACGUCAGGCACAAGAUGCCAGACGACUGGGUUAUGGAGGCUAUCAAGCAUACUAUCUGCCGCAAGGAGCCCUUGACCUUGUCGGAGGCGCGCCUGGUGAAAGGCGACAUGGCUGCGCUGCUCGCCCGGUCGCGCGAAGAAUGUCUAAUGGGGUCCCUCGACCCCGCCCCAUGCUCCCAGCCGACCUGCUCCAUCUGUUCGAUAGUGACCCCGGGAGCGAAGGCCAUCUGCCACAAGGGCAUCCAUAUCUGCCGUAACACGGGCAACUUGAUGCCGCACGCAAUGCCGUGCACCUCGACGCCGACCCCGAGGGAUAUUGCGGCGAGAUGCGCGAAGCGAUUGAUUGCCACAUUCAAGGUGGAGAGCCCCAGGAAAAUGGGUAAUGCGAUACUCGAAUCGCGAAGCAGGCUAUGGGGCUGUCAGAGCGGCGAUAUAUUCUUGCAGGUUGAGGGUCAUCUCUUCCGUAUGCACUCGUAUCAUCUCAAGCGGGCUUCCCUCGUCUUCUCGGACAUGUUCAGGCUACCUACAUCGCCUGCAAACUCGGAAGAGGGCGCGACCGAGAACGACCCCGUCGUCCUCGACGUGAAGGCUGAGGACUUCGAAAACCUACUCUGGUUCUUCUACGACUCGCCAUACGAAUGGUCCCCCACCCCCGACCCCACUUCCCUCCCCAAAUGGGAGUCUGUCCUCAAGCUCGCCGACAUCUUCGACAUGCGCGACGCCAGCGUCGUCGCCCUCCACGCCCUCGACCGCGCGGGCACGCUCUGCGACGUGCGCAAAAUCGCCCUGAGCGUCAAAUUGGGCCUCGGCCGCAACUGGGCGUGGGCGUCGAUCAAGCGGCUCUGCACGCGCGAGGAGGCGGUCACGAUUGAGGAGGCAUGCGAGAUGGGGCCGGCCAUGACGGCGUCGAUAGCGCUGGCGAGGGAGACAUUGUUGAAGAAGGGCAAGAAGGGCAAGGUCGAGGAGACUCUGCGAAGUUGCAUACCGGAUAUAGGCGUGGAUAAAUAAUGCGCGUCCAUGAUCUACCUACGACACCACGCACACGAACAUCCGUGCCGACCGAAUCUAUAUUAUAGGCCGUACCCAAUCUACUGAACCGUGUAUACAGUACGUAUACUCCCUCUAUU